GAGCCCUACCUCCUCUUCCUCUGUCCCUUACUCCCGGACACACCCGGAGUCCCAACACUGCCUCCUUUCCUGACUCUUUCAGGGUGCCCAGGGUGGAGGGGAUCCCCAUCCUGACAAGGUGUGUGGAACUGCUGACUCAGGAUGUCGGGGUUCAGGCUGGGUGACCACGUGUGGCUGGAGCCUCCCUCCACCCACAAGACUGGCGUGGCCAUUGGAGGCAUCAUCAAAGAGACAAAGCCAGGCAAGAUCUUGGUUGAAGAUGACGAGGGCAAGGAACACUGGAUCCGAGCAGAGGACUUUGGUGUCCUCAGCCCCAUGCACCCCAACUCAGUCCAGGGCGUGGAUGACAUGAUCCGCUUGGGGGACCUGAACGAGGCGGGCAUGGUGCACAACCUCCUGAUCCGCUACCAGCAGCACAAGAUCUACACGUACACAGGCUCCAUCCUGGUGGCCGUGAACCCGUUCCAGGUGCUGCCGCUCUACACCCUGGAGCAGGUACAGCUCUACUACAGCCGCCACAUGGGCGAGCUGCCCCCGCACGUCUUUGCCAUCGCCAACAACUGCUACUUCAACAUGAAGAGGAACAAGAGGGACCAGUGCUGCAUCAUCAGUGGCGAGUCUGGGGCUGGCAAGACGGAGACCACCAAGCUCAUCCUGCAGUUCAUGGCCACCGUCAGUGGCCAGCAUUCGUGGAUCGAGCAGCAGGUCCUGGAAGCCAACCCUAUCCUGGAGGCCUUUGGAAACGCCAAGACAAUCCGCAACGACAACUCAAGCCGCUUUGGGAAGUACAUUGACAUCUAUUUUAACCCCAGCGGGGUGAUCGAGGGCGCACGCAUCGAGCAGUUUCUCCUGGAGAAGUCCCGGGUCUGCCGGCAGGCCCCUGAGGAGCGGAACUACCACAUCUUCUACUGCAUGCUCAUGGGGAUGAGUGCCGAAGACAAGCAGCUGCUGAGCCUGGGCACGCCCUCCGAGUACCACUACCUGACCAUGGGGAACUGCACUUCCUGUGAGGGGCUCAACGACGCCAAGGACUAUGCCCACAUCCGCUCGGCCAUGAAGAUCCUCCAUUUCUCUGACUCUGAGAGCUGGGACCUCAGCAAGCUGCUGGCUGCCAUUCUCCACCUGGGGAAUGUGGGGUUCAUGGCUUCAGUCUUCGAGAACCUGGAUGCCUCAGACGUGAUGGAGACGCCUGCCUUUCCCACUGUGAUGAAGUUACUGGAGGUGCAGCACCAGGAGCUCCGGGACUGUCUGACCAAGCACACCAUCCUCAUCCGAGGGGAGUUCGUCACCAGGCCCCUGAACAUCGUCCAGGCUGCUGACCGGAGGGACGCCUUUGUCAAGGGCAUCUAUGGGCACCUCUUCCUGUGGAUUGUCAAGAAGAUCAAUGCCGCCAUCUUCACGCCACCAGCCCAGGACCCCAAAAAUGUACGGAGGGCCAUCGGCCUCCUGGACAUAUUUGGCUUUGAAAAUUUCGAGAACAAUAGCUUCGAGCAACUCUGCAUCAACUUCGCCAACGAGCACCUGCAGCAGUUCUUCGUGCAGCACGUGUUCACCAUGGAGCAGGAGGAGUACCGCUCGGAGAACAUCUCCUGGGACUAUAUCCACUACACCGACAAUCGGCCCACCCUGGACCUGCUGGCUCUCAAGCCCAUGAGCGUCAUCUCCCUCCUGGACGAAGAGAGCCGCUUCCCACAGGGGACAGAUCUCACCAUGCUGCAAAAACUGAACAGUGUCCACGCCAACAACAAGGCCUUCCUACAGCCCAAGAACAUCCACGAUGCAAGAUUUGGCAUUGCCCAUUUUGCCGGCGAGGUAUACUACCAGGCAGAAGGCUUCCUGGAGAAAAACCGAGAUGUGCUGAGCACAGAUAUCCUCACCGUGGUUUACUCCUCCAAAAACAAGUUUCUGAGGGAGCUAUUCAACCUGGAGUCAGCAGAGACCAGGCUGGGCCACGGGACCAUCCGCCAGGCAAAGGCAGGAAACCAUCUUUUCAAGUCUGCAGAUUCAAAUAAACGGCCCUCCACCUUAGCAGGCCAGUUCAAACAGUCUCUGGACCAGCUGAUGAAAAUUCUGACCAACUGCCAGCCUUACUUCAUCCGCUGCAUCAAACCUAAUGAAUAUAAGAAGCCGCUGCUGUUCGACCGGGAGCUGUGUCUGCGGCAGCUGCGAUACUCGGGCAUGAUGGAGACCGUGCGCAUCCGCAAGUCCGGCUUCCCCAUCCGCUACACGUUCGAGGAGUUCUCGCAGAGGUUCGGGGCGCUGCUGCCCAGCGCCGUGCGGAUGCAGCUGCGAGGCAAGUUCCGCCAGAUGACCCUGGGCAUCGCUGACAUGUGGCUGCGGACAGACAAAGACUGGAAAGUGGGGAAGACCAAAAUUUUCCUGAAGGAUCAUCAGGACACUCUGCUGGAGGUACAGAGAAGCCAGGUGCUGGACAGAGCGGCGCUCAGCAUCCAGAGAGUCCUGCGGGGCUACAGAUACAGGAAGGAGUUCCUGAGGCAGAGGCGGGCAGCCGUGACCCUGCAGGCCUGGUGGAGAGGCUACUGCAACAGGAGGAAUUUCAAGCUGAUCCUCGUGGGCUUUGAGCGCCUGCAGGCUAUUGCCCGGAGCCAGCAGCUGGCGAGGCAGUACCAGGCCAUGCGGCAGAGGACGGUCCAGCUGCAGGCCCUGUGCAGGGGAUACCUGGUGCGCCAGCAAGUCCAGGCCAAGAGGAGGGCAGUGGUGGUCAUUCAGGCCCAUGCCAGGGGCAUGGCUGCCCGACGCAACUUCCAGCAAAGGAAGGCCAAUGGUAUGCAGGCGCCGCUGGUCAUCCCGGCCGAGGGGCAGAAGAGCCAAGGCGCUCUCCCUGCCAAGAAGCGCAAAUCCAUCUACGACACCGUCACUGACACGGAGAUGGUGGAGAAGGUGUUUGGCUUCCUCCCUGCCAUGAUUGGGGGCCAGGAGGGCCAGGCCCCGCCGCGCUUUGAGGAUCUGGAAUCAAAGACCCAGAAGCUGCCUGAGGUUGACCUGGACACAGUCCCCAUGGUGGAGGAGCCUGAGGAGGAUGUGGAUGGCCUGGCCGAGUACACCUUCCCCAAGUUCGCCGUGACUUACUUCCAGAAAUCAGCCAGCCACACGCACAUCCGGCGGCCCCUCCGAUACCCGCUGCUUUACCACGAAGAUGAUGCUGACUGCUUGGCCGCCCUGGCCGUGUGGAACGUCAUCCUGAGGUUCAUGGGCGACCUCCCAGAGCCAGUGCUGUAUGCCAGGAGCAACCAGCAGGGCAGCUCCGUGAUGCGGCAGAUCCAUGACACGCUGGGCAGGGGGCACGGUGCCCAGGCUCUACAGCACAGAUUUGCACAGAGAUCUGGCCGCAAGGACAAGGGAACCAAGGAUAUCUCCUCCAUGAAGCUGAAGCGGUCCUCCCGGAUCACGGGCCAGGUGGCCAGCCAGCUGAACAUUGGAGAGGAGGCAUUGGAGCCCGAUGGCCUUGGUGCAGACCGGCCCAUGUCCAACCUGGAGAAGGUGCACUUCAUUGUGGGCUACGCCAUCCUGCGGCCCAGCCUCAGGGAUGAGAUUUACUGCCAAAUCUGCAAGCAGCUCUCAGAGAACUUCAAAACAAGCAGUGUGGCGCGGGGCUGGAUCCUGCUCAGCCUCUGCCUCGGCUGCUUCCCACCCUCAGAGAGGUUCAUGAAGUAUCUACUGAACUUCAUCGGCCAAGGGCCGGCGACCUAUGGCCCCUUCUGUGCCGAGCGCCUGAGACGCACCUAUGCCAAUGGGGUGCGUGCAGAGCCCCCCACCUGGCUGGAACUGCAGGCUGUCAAGUCCAAGAAGCACAUCCCCAUCCAAGUCAUCUUGGCCACUGGAGAGAGCCUGACCGUCUCUGUGGACUCAGCCUCCACAUCUCGGGAAGUGUGCAUGCACAUCGCUCACAAGCAGGGCCUCAGCGACCACCUGGGCUUCUCCCUCCAGGUCGCCGUGUACGACAAGUUCUGGUCCCUGGGCAGCGGGCGUGACCACGUCAUGGAUGCCAUCACCCAGUGUGAGCAGCUGGCCCAGGAGAGGGGUGAGAGCCAGCGCCAGUCACCCUGGCGCAUCUACUUCCGGAAGGAAUUCUUCGCCCCCUGGCACGACUCCCGGGAGGACCCCGUUAGCACUGAGCUCAUUUACCGCCAAGUCCUGCACGGAGUCUGGUCUGGCGAAUACAGCUUCGAGAAGGAGGAAGAGCUGGUGGAGCUGCUGGCCCGGCACUGCUACGUACAGCUCGGCGCCUCAGCGGAGAGCAAGGCUGUCCAGGAGCUGCUGCCCAGCUGCAUCCCCCACAGGCUAUACAGGACCAAGCCCCCAGACAGGUGGACGAGCCUCGUCACUGCCGCCUGCGCCAAGGCCCCAUACACUGAGAGGCAAGCCACACCACUGGCCGUGCGAGAGCAGGUGGUGGACGCCGCCCGCCUGCAGUGGCCGCUGCUCUUCUCCCGGCUCUUUGAAGUCACCACACUCUCAGGCCCCCGCCUGCCCAAGACGCAGCUGAUCUUGGCUGUUAACUGGAAGGGGCUUUGCUUCCUGGACCAGCGGGAGAAGACGCUGCUGGAGCUCUCUUUCCCAGAGGUCAUGGGUCUGGUUGCCAACAGGGAGGCCCAGGGCAGGCAGAGGCUGCUGCUCUCCACCAUGCAUGAGGAGUACGAGUUUGUGUCGCCCAGCAGCGUGGCCAUCGCUGAGCUGGUGGCCCUGUUCCUGGAGGGCCUGAAGGAGAGGUCCGUGUUCGCCAUGGCCCUGCAGGACAGGAAGGCCACAGAUGACGCCACCCUCCUGGCCUUCAAAAAGGGGGACCUGUUGGUCCUGACAAAGAAGCAGGGGCUGCUGGCCUCUGAGAACUGGACCCUCGGCCAGAACGACAGGACAGGCAAGACGGGGCUGGUGCCCACGGCCUGCCUCUACACCAUCCCCACGGUCACUAAGCCCUCGGCACAGCUGCUGAGCUUGCUCACCAUGUCACCAGAGAAGAGGAAACUGGCGGCUCAGGAGGGGCAGCUCGCAGAGCCACGUCCUGAGGAGCCACCCAAGGAAAAGCCGCACACCCUGGAGGAGUUCUCCUACGAGUUCUUCAGGGCUCCAGAGAAGGAUACAGUGAGCAUGGCCGUGCUGCCCCUGGCCCGUGCCCGCGGCCACCUGUGGGCCUAUUCCUCCGAGCCGCUGCGACAGCCGCUGCUCAAGCGAGUCCACGCCAACGUUGACCUCUGGGACAUCGCCUGCCAGAUCUUUGUCGCCAUCCUCCGGUACAUGGGCGACUACCCCUCUCGGCAGGCCCGGCCCAGCCUGGAGCUCACCGACCAGAUCUUCACGCUGGCCCUGCAGCAUCCGGCCCUGCAGGACGAGGUCUACUGCCAGCUCCUGAAGCAGCUGACGCACAACUCCAACAGGCACAGCGAGGAGCGGGGCUGGCAGCUGCUGUGGCUCUGCACUGGUCUCUUCCCGCCCAGCAAGGGGCUCCUGCCCCAUGCCCAAAAGUUCAUCGACACCCGGAGGGGGAAGCUGCUGGCCCCCGACUGCGGCCGCCGCAUCCAGAGGGUCCUCAGGACAGGGCCCCGGAAGCAGCCCCCGCACCAGGCGGAGGUGGAGGCCGCGGAGCAGAACAUCUCCCGCAUCUGCCACAAGGUCUACCUCCCCAAUGACACCAGCGAGAUGCUGGAGGUGGUUGCCAACACACGGGUGCGGGAUGUGUGUGACAGCAUUGCCACCAGGCUGCAGCUGGCCUCCUGGGAGGGCUGCAGUCUCUUCAUCAAGAUUGCAGACAAGGUCAUCAGCCAGAAGGAGGGAGACUUCUUCUUCGAUUCCCUGAGGCAGGUGUCUGACUGGGUGAAGAAGAACAAGCCCCAGAAAGAAGGGGCCCCCGUGACGCUCCCCUACCAGGUGUACUUCAUGCGGAAACUGUGGCUCAACAUCACCCCGGGGAAGGAUGUGAAUUCGGACACCAUACUCCAUUACCACCAGGAGCUGCCCAAGUACCUGCGCGGGUUCCACAAGUGUUCGCGGGAGGACGCCAUCCACCUGGCGGGCCUCAUCUACAAGGCCCAGUUCAACAACGACCGGUCCCAUCUGGCUAGUGUCCCCAAGAUCCUGAGGGAACUGGUGCCCAAGGACCUCACACGCCUGAUGUCCUCGGAGGAGUGGAAAAAGAGCAUCCUUCUGGCCUAUGACAAGCACAAGGACAAGACAGUGGAGGAGGCCAAGGUGGCCUUCCUGAAGUGGAUCUGCCGCUGGCCCACCUUCGGGUCUGCCUUCUUCGAGGUGAAGCAAACCUCGGAGCCUUCCUACCCGGACAUCAUCCUCAUCGCCAUCAACCGACAUGGGGUUCUGCUCAUCCACCCCAAGACCAAGGACCUGCUCACCACCUAUGCCUUCACCAAGAUCUCCAGCUGGAGCAGCGGCAGCACCUACUUCCACAUGGUGCUGGGGAACCUGGGCCGUGGCAGCCGCCUGCUGUGCGAGACCUCCCUGGGCUACAAGAUGGACGACCUGCUGACCUCAUAUGUGCAGCAGCUCCUGAGUGCCAUGAACAAGCAGUGGGGCUCCAAGGCCCCAGCCCUGGCCAGUGCCUAGCAGCGGAUGCUGGCGUGUCUGCUCAGGCACCCUGUCAACCUCCAGCCUGGCAGCACCUUCCCAGGCCCUCUCAGCCCAGGGCCUGUCCUCGGCAGGCAGCCUUCCAUGCUGCCCCCCAUACGAGCCCACUCAGCCCCGCAGGUGGCCCCCUCUGUACUGGGCGCUGCAUAUGGAGGUGAGAAGACCCAGCGUGGGUCGGGAGUCUCGGACCCCCAGGCUGUUGGUGGAUGGCUGAGAGGACCCCCCGCAACCCCAGCCCACCAGAAUGUUCAGUAAAAACCCCUGGGGCAGGA